AGUAAGCUGUAUGGUGUGUGGAUGCUGUGUACUGUAUCGCUUGUCAGUACUGGAAGGAUUAACCAGCUACACAGAGGACCGCUAAGCCUGAAUCAUGCACACCAUCACCAUUACGACAAACUGGGAGUGGUGCAGAAAUUGUGCAAGAUACGGAUAGGGAACACGUUUUAUUUUGUUUCAACGCCUUACUUGAUUAUUGCUUCACUAGUAAUGAAUGAAAAUGGUCAGACUAUUCAGAAUUGUUUUGCUUGAAUGAGACCAUUUUUAAUACGUCUCGUUUUGCUGUCUUCGCCACGUUUGUUUUGCUGGAAGUGAUCUGACUGGGACAAAACUGGAGAGUUCGUGAGAGGCAUUCCGCCCAGGAUAAAUUGAUUUUUGUCUCGCUUUGAUUUUUUUAAGUCGAGGAGUAAGGCUGGAAAAUUGCCAUUCAUACAGACUAGCUAAAAUAUGGGGAACGCAGGGAGUAUGGAUUCUCAGCAGACUGAUUUCAGGGCUCAUAACCUGCCACUGAAAUUACCGAUGCCCGACCCAGGUGAACUGGAAGAAAGAUUUGCCAUCGUUCUGAAUUCCAUGAACCUUCCUCCAGACAAAGCCAGACUGCUGCGUCAGUACGACAACGAGAAGAAAUGGGAACUAAUCUGCGAUCAGGAACGGUUUCAGGUGAAGAACCCUCCGCACACGUACAUCCAGAAGCUGAGGGGUUAUCUGGACCCAGCCGUCACUCGGAAGAAAUUCCGCAGAAGAGUGCAGGAAUCGACCCAAGUGCUCCGAGAACUGGAAAUUUCUUUAAGAACCAAUCACAUCGGGUGGGUCAGGGAAUUCUUAAAUGAAGAGAACAAAGGUCUUGACGUCCUGGUUGAAUAUCUCUCUUUUGCGCAGUAUGCAGUCACGUUUGACUUUGACAGCUUAGAAAACAACAUGGAUAAUGCAGUAGACAAGUCCAAACCCUGGAACCGCUCCAUUGAGGAUCUCCAUGGAGGAAGCACCCUCCCCUCCCCUGUUGGUGGGAAUGGUCUCUCCCGCUCCGGACGGCACCCCUCGCUACGGUGUAACACGUUGCCAAGCCGGAGAACCCUGAAGAACUCCAGAUUAGUUUGUAAGAAGGAAGACGUCCAUGUCUGCAUCAUGUGCUUGAGAGCGAUCAUGAACUAUCAGUACGGCUUUAACAUGGUGAUGUCCCACCCCCACGCUGUGAAUGAAAUUGCACUGAGUCUCAACAAUAAAAACCCCAGAACUAAAGCUCUGGUUUUAGAGCUGUUAGCAGCUGUUUGUCUGGUCAGGGGAGGGCAUGAAAUCAUCCUCUCUGCAUUCGAUAACUUCAAGGAGGUCUGUGCCGAGACGCAGAGGUUCGAGAAACUGAUGGAGCAUUUCAAGAACGAAGAUAACAACAUUGAUUUUAUGGUGGCCUGCAUGCAGUUCAUCAACAUCGUGGUCCAUUCGGUGGAGGACAUGAACUUCCGAGUGCACCUGCAGUUUGACUUCACCAAGCUCAGCUUGGACGAAUACCUGGACAAGCUGAAGCACACUGAGAGCGAUAAGCUCCAGGUGCAGAUCCAGGCCUACUUGGACAAUGUUUUCGACGUGGGCGCCCUCCUGGAGGAUGCCGAGACCAAGAACGCUGCCCUGGAGCGCGUGGAGGAGCUGGAGGAGAACAUGUCGCACAUGACGGAGAAGCUGCAGGACACGGAGAACGAAGCGAUGGCCAAGAUCGUGGAGCUGGAGAAACAGCUGAUGCAGAGGAACAAGGAGCUGGAUUCCAUCCGGGAGGUGUACAAGGACGCCAGCAGCCAGGUGCACACCCUGCGCAGGAUGGUGAAGGAGAAGGACGAGGCCAUCCUGAGGCAGGGCCAGCUGGAGCAGAAGAUCCACGAGCUGGAGAAGCAGGGGUCCCUCAAGAGGGGCCCCGGGGACAUCGGCAUCCUGCCCGGCCUCGAGGCCGGGGCCGGGGUCUACGCCGGAGGGGCCCUCAGCCCCCUGGGCCUGCAGGGAGGGGCCGCUCCAGGCCUGGCGUCCUCCCCGCCCCCUCCCCCACCCCCGCCCCCGCUGCCUGCCGGCUCUGUGCCGAACGGGCCUUCUGGGACCUCCGCCCCACCCCCGCCACCUCCGCCUCCCCCUCCUCCACCCCCGCCCCCUCCCCCACCCCCUCCUCCCGGUCCCGCCCUGGACAUCUCACCCCCCAUGCCCCCACCCCCACCCCCCGUCGCACCCCCUCUCCCUGGCUGCGGGUCCCCCACCGUCAUCUUCAACUCUGGCCUAGCAGCGGUGAAGAUCAAAAAGCCCAUCAAGACCAAGUUCCGCAUGCCGGUGUUCAACUGGGUGGCGCUGAAGCCCAACCAGAUCAACGGGACCGUGUUCAACGAGAUCGACGACGAGAGGAUCCUGGAGGAUUUGAACGUGGACGAGUUUGAGGAGAUGUUUAAGACGAAGGCGCAGGGACCAGCCAUAGACGUGACGGCGAGCAAGCAGAAGGUGAUUCAGAAGGGCCCCAACAAAGUGACGUUACUGGACGCCAACAGGGCGAAGAACCUGGCCAUCACGCUGAGGAAAGCCGGGAAGACUCCGGAGGAAAUCUGCAAGGCCAUUCAGCUGUUCGACCUGCGGACACUGCCCGUGGACUUUGUGGAGUGCCUGAUGCGCUUCAUGCCCACGGAGAACGAGGUGAAGGUUCUGCGCCAGUACGAGAGGGAACGCAAGCCCUUGGAGAGUCUUACGGACGAGGACCGCUUCAUGAUGCACUUCAGCAAGAUCGAGCGCCUCAUGCAGAAGAUGACCAUCAUGGCCUUCGUGGGGAACUUCACCGAGAGUGUACAGAUGUUGACACCGCAACUUCAUGCAGUUAUUGCUGCAUCAGUGUCAAUAAAAUCAUCACAGAAGCUGAAGAAGCUUCUUGAGAUCAUCCUGGCUCUCGGGAACUACAUGAACAGUAGCAAGCGUGGAGCAGUGUACGGCUUCAAACUGCAGAGCUUAGACCUGCUGUUGGAUACCAAGUCCACCGACCGGAAAAUGACGCUGUUACACUACAUAGCUAAUGUAGUGAAAGACAAAUACCAGCAGGUCUGCCUGUUCUACAACGAGAUUCACUACGUAGAGAAAGCAGCAGCAGUGUCGCUGGAGAACGUGUUGCUGGAUGUGAGGGAGCUGCAGAGGGGCAUGGAGCUGACCAAGCGCGAGUACAGCAUGCACGGCCACAACACCAUGCUCAAGGACUUCAUCGCCCACAACGAGGGCCGGCUCAAGAAGCUCCAGGACGACGCCAAGGUCGCGCAGGAUGCUUUUGACGAGGUGGUGAAAUUCUUCGGGGAGAAUGCCAAAACGACACCUCCUUCCGUGUUCUUUCCGGUGUUUGUGCGCUUCGUCAAGGCCUACAGGCAAGCCGACGAGGACAACGAGCAGAGGAAGAGGCAGGAGCAGAUGCUGAUGGAGAAGCUUCUGGAACAGGAAGCCAUGAUGGACCAGCAGGACCAGAAGUCUCCAUCGCACAAGAACAAGCGGCAGCAGCAGGAACUGAUCGCCGAGCUGAGGAAGAAGCAGGUGAAAGACAGCCGUCACGUCUACGAGGGGAAGGACGGUGCCAUCGAGGACAUCAUCACGGCCCUAAAGAAGAAUAAUAUUACUAAAUUUCCCAAUGUCCACUCGAGGGUAAGGAAUUCCUCCAAUAGCACCCCUGUGCUCAUGGAUGUGACCCAAACCUGGCAAGCACCUCUUUUUAUACUCCCCCCCUCCCUCCUUUGUGCUGUACUGUACUGGGCCUCACCCCUGCCUCUCACGUUUGCUCUUCCUCAGCCCAAAAUGCCCUCUAGCCUACAUGCUAUUAGAGUAUUUACCAAUCAACUUGAGUUAUGCAGAAUCUGGGCUAUGCUUGUAGUGUGUGGGAGAUGUUUACCAACAUGGAUUUCCACCACCCCCACUACCCUCUAUUUUUUGUUUUAUAUCAUAAGUAUUGGCGAGUCACAGCCCUUUAAGCUGGGCAAACCUUCUCAAAAUGUAUUCUCAGAAGGUCAGUAAUCAUCCACGACAAGUUCAGAAUCCAGAAACACAAUUGUAAGAAAAAAUAAUUGCAAGCACGUUCUCGCUCUCCUCCCUGAGGACGGAUUUGAUGUGUUUCUGUCUAACUCGAGCUGCUUUGCCUGAUUGGCUGCCAGCAUUUUACCGGCCUACGGGCUCGUGGAAGGCUUUGACGGGGGUGACUGACAGCUCUUCCCCGGUUCCCGCAGAUCUCCGGAAUCAGCCCUACAGGCGAGCUGACGCGGUGAGGAGGAGUGUCAGGAGACGCUUUGAUGAUCAGAACCUACGGCCGGCCAACAACGCGGAAGUGGCCAUGUGAAGACGCCGCGAACGCCUCGGACGUUCCCGCUG